GUCGUGCAUGUUCACAGAGGAUUUUCUGAAAGCAGAUUCAGAUUUCUCAGCACAAGAUUGCGCUGCUUUGUCAUCUACAAUUCAGCGAAUAAUGCGAACAAACAAACGACGUGCUCUAAACACACCUGGGGAAGACUGUUAGACAAUAUUCUGCCGUAAAUACGGAUUUAACGCAGUUAGUUAUAAAGCUCGAGUAACAAACGCGCUAAUCUGCUAAUUAGCCAGCAGGCUAGCCAUCGACUGUUUAUAUCAGGGAAUAUAACAUUAGCUGUUCGUAUCUGCCAUUGUCGCCCGUGAAUAUGAAGUAAAUGGUGUGCGGAGAGCUGGAGAGUGUAAUGGAGUGAAGCAGCGGGUGUGGGAGCUCUCCGAUCGGCUGUUAUCUGCAGUAAUCCCGCGGCUGUAAGAGGCUCAGUCUUAAACUCCUGCUGCCGCGGCCCGGCACUCUCGCUAUGGACGCAGGAGGCAAUUCUGACCUGGACCUGGACAAAUAUGACUCCGAUGAGCAAGUGAAGAUCAUCUGUCUCGGGGACAGCGCUGUGGGGAAGUCCAAGCUUAUGGAGCGAUUCCUCAUGGAUGGAUAUCGGCCUCAGCAACUCUCCACUUACGCUUUGACUCUGUACAAAUACACCACCACCAUCAAUGGACAGACUAUUCUAGUUGAUUUCUGGGAUACCGCGGGACAGGAGCGUUUCCGAAGCAUGCACCCGUCAUACUACCAUAAAUCUCAUGCAUGUGUCAUGGUGUUUGACGUGCAGAGGAAAAUCACAUAUAAGAAUCUCCCUGUCUGGUAUAAAGAGCUGCGCGAGUACCGGCCUGAGAUCCCGUGUCUGGUUGUGGCUAAUAAGAUUGAUGCUGACAUGAAGGUCACGCAGAAGAGCUUUAACUUCGCUAAGAAACAAGGCCUGCCUUUCUACUUUGUAUCUGCUGCUGAUGGAACCAAUGUGGUGAAGGUGUUUAAAGAUGCCAUUCAGAUGGCUCUGUCCUACAAGCGGAACUCCAGUGACUUUAUGGAUGAAGUCAUGAGGGAACUAGAGAACUUUGAUUUGGAGAACAAGGAAGAAUCAUCAGAUAAAGAGGAACCGCUGGAGGAGAAACCCAGCUCUGCAUGAUCACAUAAUUUUUAUCAUUGUCAACAGAUCAUGGCUGUCCUUCAGCAGACACAACACAAUAUGAUCCUGUGAAUGUACACGUGGCAUUAUCUGACAUCAGAAUGAAAUCUCGGUGCACUGCAGAACUUUGAUAUUUUUUAGGAAUUGUGCAGCAUUCAGAUUUAGUAAAAAGUAGUGCUCUCUAGAGACUCUCUGGAAUGUGAAGUGUUUCCUGUGCCGAAUUUAACAUGAAAUGUUUUUACAGUUUUAUUUUGUUUUCAGAGGGAAAUAAAUAUUUAUGAGACGUUCUCACAAAGUGUAAUGUUUUACAGCAAAUGCUCAAGUAACAAUCUGUGACGCUCACCAAUAUGAAUAAAGUGCUUGAUUUUUGUAUAUGGAGAGUUCAUUAUACAUUUUGAAGCAGUUAUUAUUAGGCCUAAAGUCAUCAGGAUUGAUGUUUGAGGUACCAGUUGGAAAUAUGACAAAUUGCAGUUUUACUAUGCCCCAGGAUUCAAGAUUUAGGUGACAUUUUCCCUCCCUUUUUGUCAUUAAAAUAUAUAUUGAGUUAAUAAACACAAAAAACAAAACAAAACAUACAGACAAAGCUUAUUUAAUGCCUGAGAAUCCUGGCGAUAUAUGGAAGUCUUAAGAGAAAUUAUCAGCGCUGUGCAGAAAAUUGACUCGAUAAACAACAUUUUUACCUUUAAACUGGCCCCCCCACUGAAAAAAAACAGCUGGUUGGCUGGUCAACCAGUCUGGUUUUAGAGGGGUUUUGGCCAUUUCCAGAAUGGUUUCCAGCCAUUUUCAGCCUGGUCUUAGCUGGUCAGGCUGGGAGAUGACCAGCUAAAACAGCUUGACCAGCCCAGACAGGCUGGGAGCCCAGCCAAAACCAGCUAUGUCCAGCCUAAACCAGGCUGGUCAAGCUGAUUUUAGCUGGUUAUUUUCCAGCCUGACCAGCUAAGACCAGGCUGCAAAUGGCCAAAACCCCUCUAAAACCAGGCUGGUCAACCAGCUAAAACCGGUCAACCAGCCUAGGCUGGUUAAGCUGGAUUUUUUAGCAGGGCCACAGUCUCAGCAAACGACUCUUGUGUGUUCAAUUGUAGUCAUUGACUUGUAUCUUAUGAGUCACCUGGUC